GUAUACAAGAAAAAUAAAAAUAAAAAGGAGAACGAAAAAGCAGAGAGAAUAAAAAGGUAAGGGAAGAGAAGAGAAGAGGGGGAUGUUGACAAAUAAAUUCAGGUCUCGUUUGUUUAUGUGAUUUUUCGGAUCUUUCCUUUUCUCUCUAUAAACACAACCAAAAGAAGCAGACGAAGAAGAAGAAGAAGAAAAACAAAGGAGAGUUCUUUUUUUUUUUUUUGUUUGGUGAGACAGGGAGAGAGAGAAGAGUGGCCCAGUAGAUCGAAGAUGACGAUGAUCUAUUUUAUUUUCUUCCAUUAAUAGUGUUUUCGCUAUAACCAUUAUAUACACAGAGAAUAUAUAGACUCCAAAAUUUUCUUACUUUGCCUUUUGAUUCAGAGCCUUUAUUUUCCUUCUAAUUUCACUUUGUUGAAACCUCGUAAAGUCUUCAUUUUUUGAUCUUCUGAAGACGAGUUGGCGAUAAGAGGAUGUGCGUUUGAGGAAUGGGAACAAAGAUUCACUGUGAAGGCUUAUUCCCUGGACAUCAUCACUCUAUGAGAGAUCCCAACAACGAAUCCAACGGUUGUAGAUGGCCAUUGUUCUAUGCUGACAAUAAAGCCUCUGCGAAUGAUCAAUUCUACAAUGACAAAGAUGUGGUGAGAAGGACAAUGCUCGAACACGAAGCUGUUUUUAAGGCUCAGGUUAUGGAACUUCACCGGGUAUACAGGAUACAGAGAGAUAUGAUGGAUGAACUGAAAAGGAAACAGUUUAACAAAGAAUUCGAGGCAUCAUGCUCAUCUCAACCUACCAAUGAUGAUCUCCGUAAAUGGAAAAUGCCUAGUUUCCCUUUGGCAAACUCGGUUUACGAUAGACCAUCCAUGUCGGUAGUGGAUGAUAAUGGCCAUUCUCCCAUGAAAGGAAGCUAUUCUCAAGGUGUUGUUGGUCCGGUUCCAUGGCAAAACGGAGCUAGUUCUAAAAAUGUUGAAACGUUGGAGGUUAGACCGACGAAAAUCAGGAGAAGGAUGAUAGAUCUUUGCCUUCCUGCUGACGACAAUGAGGAAGUUGUUGAGUUGAAAGAUCAUAGAGUUUGUGGAAAGCUUCCUAAUGGAGAUGUGAGGACUGAAACUCGUGGAGAGAGUUUGAGAGUUGGGUAUGGGUCAAGUAGUAGAAGCAAUGGCUUGGCUGAUUUGAAUGAACCAUUUAAGCAGGCUCAAGAAACAAAUGAUCAUUACAGUGACACACAUAAGUUUGCUACUCCAUCCCUUCAACCGUCCAAGCCAUUUGUUUCAUCAUCUCAGGCUAUGCAAGUGUUUGCGAACAGUUCACAAAGAGGAAUGGGUUUACCUAACUCUGGUCCUCCUCCAAGCAAGGCAGUCUUGUGGAGAGAAAGGACGUUUAUUGACCUAGAAGCUGAUACUGAUACUAACACUAGCCAUGAAGUUGCUUCUCAUCAACCGCAACGCCACUUGUAUCCAUAUAACACUCCAGCUUCUGCUGUCCCUUGGAACCAUAUGCAUUCCUCUUGGCAAAACCCUGGCUUUGGCUUCCCUCAGAGAGUUGUUGCUUCAGAGCAGAAACAAGGGUGUCUGGGAGAUAGAUUACAGUUUGAAAGCAACGCUAGAUAUAGCAACCACAACAUGGUUUACAAUGAGUGUUCUUCUUCUUCGUCGAAAUCGAAAUUCUCUGGGAGUGGAUAUAGUUAUCCUAACGGAGGAAGAAGUGAUUACAAGCCGGGGAAUAGAUUAUUGGAUUCAAAUGGCUCAGAGGUGAAGUUUGUGAGAGAUUUGAACUUGAAUGUGACACUUCCAUCAAACACUUGUGUUGUUGAAGUUAGAAAGGAUGAAGCUACUUUACCAUGGCUUGUUAAACCCCCCAAGUCUGCUUCUAACACUGAUGUGGCUGAUGGGAGAUGGAAUCUGAAGAGUAAUGAUGCUGUGGAGACUGAGAAGAUCAACAUUAACUCCAACAUUCCUAGAGAUGAAUGCAAUGCAGAAAGAGAUAAAGUCCAUAACGUUAGGAUGAUGCUAGACAUCAACGAACCUUGUGAGCCACUUUCAGAUGAAGAUCAGCAAACGGAGGAGGAACAAACAGGGACAAAGGUUUCGGUUAGUAACAAGUGUCAUAUUGAUUUGAACAUGUCGGUCAGCGAAGAAGAUGAAAACUGGUCUGUUCCUCCCACCAGUUCAAGACUGAGCUCAAAGAGAAUCAUGAUAGAUUUGGAAACUGUUCCUGCGUCUGAUGUUGAAGAAGACGACAAUGUCUCUGGAGAAAAACCUCCAGAAGAGUCAGAAACAGAAACAACAGCAGCAGAAACAAUAGUUGCCAUCUCUUUAGCUUGCCUAGAUAGAGAGGUUGAAGUUGUUGUUGCUCCAGAAACAAUGAUCCUUCACUGGUUUGCAGAAACAGUAGAGAACCUGGACCAAAAGCUCGCUUCUGUCUCAAGGAACCAAGCGCGUUCUAUAGAAGAGAUAGAUUACUUCGAGUCAAUGAUCCUGCAACUACCUGAGACCACAGAAGAAGAGUACACGCCUAAGCCAUUAGUCCCUGAAGACCUCAUAUUAGAGGAAACCUCUACGGUCAUCACGAGCCAAAGACCAAGAAGAGGAAACGCUAGAAAGGGAAAGCAAAGACGAGACUUCCAAAGAGACAUCCUCCCCGGACUCGUGUCUCUUUCGAAACACGAAGUGACAGAAGACAUUCACAUGUUUGACGGGUUCAUGAGAGCAGCAACGGGAAGCUCCUGGACUCCAGCCGGUUUAGCGAGGAAGAAAACCGGGUCAAGAGGUAGACCGAGACGGGUCGUUACAAUCCCCGAACCGGUUUAUUAUCCUUCGGUUCAACAGCAUGUGGGGAACAACAAUGGUGAGAUUGAAGAUAGAAGCUUUGCAGGUUGGGGUAAAAUGACAAGAAGGCCGAGGAGACAACGUUGUCCUUCUUCUACUGUAACUACUACUAGUAACCAACGUCACGCGCCUUUCACGUGAUGUAUUUGUAACCAUAAUAUAUCAUUCCUGUCCCAUUUUUUUUUUUUUCCUAUAGAGAGAUAUAAUAUCUAAGACUGUGAUUUUCAUAGGGGAGUUUUUUAAUUUC